CGGGCCACCGCCUCCGCCCGGCCGCCCGCCCGGACUGUCGCGGCCCGCGGUGGCGCCGGCGGCGGCAGCGGAGUUUCCCCGGCGGCGGCCCGGGGGCGCAUCCUCCCGCAACUGUCAAGCGCUGGCGGCGGAAAUGAUGAGGCGCUGGCCAUUUUCCGAGCCCGGGUUUCCUGCCUGAGCCCCGCGCGAGCGAGCCGCGAGCGAGCAGCCGGCGCGGGAGGGGACGCGCCCGGCGGGGGCCCGCCCGCCCCCUCGGGGUUUCGGGGCCCGGGGGCGCGCGACGCCAUGGGCCGGCCGGGCCCGGACGCCCUGUCUCUCAGCCCGGCCGCCCCGCCUCGGUCUCCGCCAUGAACGGGCCCACCCUGCAGCCGUCCUCGGCCGCCCCGGCCUCCCUCGCUGCGACGGCGGCGUCCCCGUCGCCGCGGGGCUGGAGCGAGUUCUGCGAGCUGCACGCGGUGGCCACGGCCCGGGAGCUGGCCCGCCAGUACUGGCUCUUCGCCCGCGAGCACCCGCACCACGCGCCGCUGCGCGCCGAGCUCGUGUCGCUGCAGUUCACCGACCUGUUCCAGCGCUACUUCUGCCGCGAGGUGCGCGAGGGCUGGGCGCCCGGGCCCCCGGGGCCCCGCAGCGCGCCGGCGCGCGACUACCGGGAGACCGGCCGCGGGCCCGCAGCCAAGGCCGAGGCGCCCCCGGCCGAGCCGGGCCCGGGCCCCGCCGCGCCCGCCCUGCCCAAGGCCCGCAGCUCCGAGGAGCUGGCCCUGCCGCGGCCGCCCGGCCCCUGCACCUUCCAGCACUUUCGCCGCAGCCUCCGCCACAUCUUCCGCCGCCGCUCUGCCGGGGAGCUGCCCGCGGCCCCCGCCGCCGCCACCGCCACCGCCGGGGAGGCAGGCGAGGCCCCGGCCAGGCCCAGCCUGGCCAAGAAGCUCCUGCCCUGGAGCCUGGCCCGGGAGCCACCGCCCGAGGCCCUCAAGGAGGGGCUGCUGCGGUACAGCCUGGCAGACGAGGCCUCCAUGGACAGCGGGGCACGCUGGCAGCGCGGAAGGCUGGCGCUACGCAAGGCCCCCGGCCCGGAAGGCGGAGGCCCCGAGCGCGUGCUGGAGCUCUUCGACCCGCCCAAGAGUUCAAAGGCCAAGCUGCAAGCGGCGUGCUCCAGUAUCCAGGAGGUCCGGCGGUGCACACAGCUGGAGAUGCCCGACAACCUCUAUACCUUUGUGCUGAAGGUGAAGGACCGGACUGACAUCAUCUUCGAGGUGGGAGACGAGCAGCAGCUGAACUCGUGGAUGGCUGAGCUCCGGGAGUGCACCGGCCGAGGCAGGCUGGAGAGCACAGACGCGGAGAUGCACACUCCUUCGGCCCUGGACCCUGGCACGUCCAGCUCCCCAGGGGGCAGCACAGAUUCCCUGAAUCAAGGUGCUUCUUCUGGGGGGUUGCUGGACCCAGCCUGCCAGAAAACGGAUCACUUCCUGUCCUGCUACCCCUGGUUCCACGGCCCCAUCUCCAGAGUGAAGGCAGCCCAGCUGGUUCAGCUGCAGGGCCCGGACGCUCACGGAGUGUUUCUGGUGCGGCAGAGCGAGACACGGCGUGGGGAGUAUGUGCUCACGUUCAACUUCCAGGGCAUAGCCAAGCACCUGCGCCUGUCCCUGACCGAGCGGGGUCAGUGCCGAGUGCAGCACCUCCACUUUCCCUCGGUCGUGGACAUGCUCCACCACUUCCAGCGCUCACCCAUCCCGCUCGAGUGUGGCGCUGCCUGUGACGUCCGGCUUUCCAGCUACGUGGUAGUUGUCUCCCAGCCACCAGGUUCCUGCAACACUGUCUUGUUCCCUCUCUCCCUCCCUCGCUGGGAUUCAGAGCUGGGCCUUCCCCACCUUGGCUCUUCUGGCUGUCCCCAGGGGCUCAGCCCGGAGGGUCUCCCAGGCCGAUCCUCACCGCCGGAGCAGAUCUUCCACCUGGUGCCUUCACCUGAGGAACUGGCCAACAGCCUGCGGCACCUGGAGCCGGAGCCUGGACCACGAGCCCGGGACUCAGACUAUGAAAUGGACUCGUCCUCCCGGAGCCACCUGCGGGCCAUCGACAAUCAGUACACCCCUCUCUGACCAGGGAGGAGUCCCAGGCCUCAACAGAUGCCCCCGAGGAGCACAAGCAGAGAUGUGAACUUGUGAAUGUAACGAUCUUUCCUUCCUUCCAGAGAGAGAUUUAAGGGACACUGUUAACUGCUCGUUCCAGUUUGGAUGUGACCCUUCUAUUAGGCCUGUUGAAGGGCCUUCUGUAAGUUUCAUCCAGCACCUGGCUUUCUCCUCAUUGUUUACAGAUGUAGUUCUUGUUAGCCGCUAGCUCCUGCCCCAGGUCCCUAAGACCAGUCCCCAUCACUCUCAGAGGAGGGGGUGGGGUGAGGGCCGGACCUGGCAGUGGAAACUUGUUCUCUUUUUCACUGACACUGUCACAGCCGAUGACAGACUUUCUACGGGAAGGGGGGGGGGGUCACCAGGAAGCCCGAAACACUAACAGCCCUGGAUUCUCACACAGUGUACCCAUUGUAGCUUCAGUCCAUGUGGCAGGGCCGCUGUAUCCUUGCCACAGAUGACCACACCUAAUCCUGCUUCUACUCUCAGCUUUAGGACAAGAGGGACAAAAGCUAAAGGUCAAAAAUGAUUUUAAACAUUUACCUCAGAUUAAUUUUUUUUAAAGGAUUCAGGUUUCAAAACUAAACCAUUGCUUAUUUCAUUGCACUGUUUCAACUGAUACCCAUGCGAUUUUUGUAGUCAGACAGCUAUGCAAAACCCUACUGGACUAGUUCACGGUCCGAGCCGGGAUGCCUGGCUUCCUUGUCUGUUGCAUCCUCGGGGACAGUCACCUGCUGCUGAGUAGCCACUGUCCUUCCUCAAUGUAGAGAAGUAAAGUGUGCCACCCUUUCAGGGAAAUUCAGGCUACUACUGAAAUAGGAGGGUGGUAAGGAACAGUCCUACCCUGGUGCCUUAUGAAUAAAAACCUGGAUUGUGGUUUAUAGCAGCUUUACAGUGAGAGUUAAAUUAACUGGGGGGUGGGGGAGGGACAAGUAAAAAGGGAAGAAGGGCUCCCGGGCCCUUUCUAGUAAAUCCUUCAGCAACAGUGCUGGCUCAGAGCCCUCCAAGCAUCUAAUGGCUUAUUAAAUUAUCCCACAAGUGGGUUUUAGGCUCAUUUUUGAGCCAAAAUGGAAGCCAGGAAUCUGGUGCCAUAGCUAAUGAGAAACUCCUUUAAUGCCCACAAUCAGUGUUCUGUUCCAGCUGGUUACUGCUUCAUCUGAUGAAGAAUGUGUGUCCAUGCACACACGGCCACACACAAUCUCCACCACCCAGGGAGGUCCUGAAGUCAAAUCUCCAUCUAUACUUGCCUUUCACAGUGAUACAAUUCAUAGGGGGGCUGGCUCCUCCCAGAACCUUCAUGAAGAGGCUCAGAAACAAGGGGUCAGUGACGGAGUGGAAUCAGCUGCUCCGGGGUGCCAGCAGAGCCAUUCAGUACAGCCACCAGGCUCACUGCACUGGCUUCUAGGAAACCUGGAGUUUAGCACAGCUUAAUACAUACCGAUACAUCACAGGCCAAAAGGAAACAUGGGCCUAAAGGUCACAGUACUGACUGCCUUAUCUGGGGGAGGGUUUGGUCUGCUCCCUCUAGCUGUUCUCUGCACUUGAAGAGGUAAGGCUUUUGCUUCUAUAAUUUUCUGGGGGUUUCUCAGGGAGGUGGCAAAGUAGCCACCUCCACACCACUUUCAUGAACCAUGAAGCAGAUGCAACAUCGAUCCGGAUUCGUGGUCCAUUUUUAAGACCCCCCCCAUCUUUAUUUUCUUUGAAGCAAAAGAAUGCUAAGAAGUGUGAACCAAAGACGUAAGCAAUAUUCUAGAUGUCUUUUUUAAAAGGGAAAGCUCAUCACAGAAAAUGCUGGUGAGUCACCGAUCCAGAUUUUCCUCCUGUCUGCACAGGAAAGGGGCUGGGUAGAUAAUGAACCAAUUAAAUUCCCUUCCUUCAGCCAGAAGUUUAAAUAUCUGGGUUAUGACAUCUUCAAGCCAGGGGCACUCAUUUCUUAGCAGCCUCUCAUCUCUCUCUCAGGUAGUGCCAGGAGGCACACCAGGUACAGCAGAUUUAGCAGCUGUGACCCAUGGCAAAGUACCAGCUCAGAUUCUGUGGCAGAGAAUUGGAAGCCACUCACCUCCAGACAGCUUCCUUUCUAAACACGUCCAGGUUACCAGGACAGGGCAAAUACAUUCUGACAAAAAGCUCCCUCAUGGCCCUGGGAAGAAGUGACACUAUGCCAAUGCCUUUUCUUUGUGCUAGAGCAGGACCAGCCGAUGAAAGGGUGGCAGCAGCGUGGGCCAGGACCCCUCUGGUUGCAGCUAGCCCACCACAGGCCCAGCACAUUCCACCACUCUCCUCCCAGUCCUGACGGGGCCAAGCCAGCAACUUCCACUGAGGACCAAGCCUCAGUGCCAGACCGGGCAGGGUGCACCACGAUCCCUCCAGUUAGCUCUAAUUACAGACAAGGAUAGCUUGACGGCUCCCGGCACCAUCACUUCCUUCAUCUGACUUUAUUACACUUUUACAAACUAACAAGUCACCAGCACCAAAGAAUUAAGUCAACUAACCUGCCUUGAAUUUUAGACCAGCAAUCCAUAUGGCUUUAUCUGGUAUAAAUCUUCUGCCUUUGAUCAUUUCUGGACCGUGUAGGAAAAAGGAAUAGUGAUCAUUAAAAUCUUGGGCCAGAGAACACUAUUUUUACAUAACAGUUUCUUAACCUAAAAUCAAGGCCUUGAACUCUUCCCUGAGGGUUGCCUGAGAUUCCUUCAUGCUUUUUAUUCAGGGCUAAAUCUCUUACUGCAAAUGUCACGUUAGCUCUAACAUCUCCCACAGGCUAGAGGAACUUAGUAGUAUCUUAUCUACUGCGUCUUAACAAGGACACAUCUGACAUCCAGUGUUUAGUUGGAAUACGCAGCACAUUGUGAUAACAAAGUGGAUUCAUCUUGUAUCAUUAGAGGCAGAAGGUAUUUGGCAAAUUUUUAUGUAUUGUUUAUGUACUGUACAAGUAACUUAUUCUUAAAUAAGGCAAAUUUUGCUAUAAUGUACAAAUUGCUAUAUGUGAAUUAAAAGUUUUCAGAAUCUUGA